AUGCAACAAAUAGAACAGAAUCUAGAAGAAAACAGAGGGAGCAUUGGAAAAAAUCCUAAAAUACUGAACAUGGAAGAUAUCCACAUUCGGUUCGAUGACCGAAGCUUAUUUGAGGUCGUGAGACAUUUCAUGAAUGCCUUGAACGAUAUGGUACCUUUUGACGGAAGGAACACCUAUAUUUCGCUUCAAAAGCUUUUAGAAGAUCACCAUCGCAACUGGAAAGAACUUGCAGAGGUCCCCAAAAGACCGAAAAAUAUCCUUCCGGACAACAUCUUACCAGGAGAGUUCGGUCAAUUCGGUCUCUUAGCGGUUCUCGAAGCAACCAUGCUUCUUGUGCCUGGUACUAUAUAUGACACAUCAACAUGGCAACCCACCCUUCGGAGAUGGGGAAAAUAUUUUCCGGAACUAGAAGUAGCUUGGAGCGCGGUACAGGGAACAGCUCAGAGUAAGGAACAGAAAGUCGCUCAGAGUGCAGUACCGGAAACUGCUCGGAGUGAGGUACAGGAAACAGCUUAG